AUGGCCAUGCCCCAGAACAAGGGACUCAUGGCACAAGUAUUGCGAUGCAGCCAACUUUACAAGGCGCUCCCACGGCCCCGGUCAUCCCCCGAAGACCCGCUGCGAUGGUUAGAGGUCGAGCACCAAUUCCUGACCGACUACCGAUCAUCGUGCGCCAGCAAGCUGCGAACCCUGCCUAUGACGCGGUUGAGCGUCGCCUACGCCCUCGGCAACGUGGAGGUCGCCCUGUCGCAGGCCAGUCCCCUGCAAUCGGGCGUCUGGUGCGACGCGCCGGCGCUCGCCUUCACAGAAGCCCAAGCAGAAGCCAAAUACUGGAUUCAGCUGGUGUUGCUGACCGUCCGCUGCGGACAACGGGCCCGCACCUACGAGAGCGCUCUGUUCAUCCUCACGUGUCCGGACUACAACGUCCCUGACGAGCUUGGCAGCGACCGCAGCGCCGACUUCCGGCAGCAGGCGCUGCGCAGCCUCCGCACCUGGUACCCGAACGCGCACCGCGUGCUGCACGAGCGGCUGGCGGACGCGAAACUCAUCCGCUGGCGGAUUCUGCAAUGGCACCGGCGCGAUGCGCCGCUGGGUGGUGGCCCGCCGCAGACGGCCGCCGGAGCGGACAACGACAGCUCGCUGGGCGGUCACUUCCCGCCCCCGCCGGCGCUGAGCCCUGGGGUGGAGCACGUGCAGUGCCCCUAUUGCGGCGACUCCAUCCCUGCGGCGAUCUGUGCGCCCGAGCCCUGGCGCGAUCAUGUGCUCUACGACUUCCACCCGUAUAUCUGCUUGCAUGAGCAGUGCGGCGUGGAUGCGGCGUUUCCGACGAUCGAGGAGUGGGAGGCGCAUAUGGUCAAACAUGACUGGAGGGAUUUGGCGGAUGAGAAGUGCCCCCUCUGUUUCAAGUGGUUGGGGCCCAGUGCCAUUGCCCAUUUGACGGAGCACCUCCACCAGGAGAUUAUGGGCAUUCGGGCUUUGCCUCCUUACCCUUGA